UAUACAUCUGAGAUCGGACGCCUAUUGAAGUCAGACACAGGCAAGGUAGAACUGUCAGUAAUUCAACUGAAGACAACAACACUGUAACAACGAUGACUACACCCCAGGCACAAACCGCGGCAGCGCCUGCAACUCCGGCUCAGGCUCCGGCUCCUGUUCAGGCCCAGGCUCCGGCUCAGGACCAGGCACCUGCAGCUGCAGCAGUAGAAUCGGCAAUGGCUUCUGUAGCCAUUAACCAAAGUACAAUGGUAUACCGGGCGACGAUCGAUGCUCGAUUCGAGGCCCAAAAGUGUAAAAUUGCUAUGAAAGGACUUGGUACCGACAAUAAAGCGAUCAUCGAAGUCCUGACAACUAGCAGUAAUGAGCAGAGACAAGCUAUAUCUAAAGAGUACAAGGUCUUGUUUGGAAAGGAUCUCAUAGAAGAUAUCCACAGCGAAACAAGCGGUAACUUCAGAAAGACAUGCGAGGCCUUAUUGAGAACACCGGCAGAGUUGGAUGCUGAAAGUAUUCGCAAUGCAUUAAAGGGACUGGGCACUGAUGAGGAAUGCUUGAUUGAAAUACUGUGCACAAGCACCAAUGAGGAAAUUAAUGCGAUGAAAGAAUGCUACACUGCUUUGUUCAACAGGGAUGUGGAGAAAGAUGUCAAAAGCGAUACAUCGGGAAAUUUGAAAAGUUUGCUUGUUUCUUUGCUGCAGGCUGGAAGAAUGGAGAAUCAGAUGGUCAAUCCCGGCUUGGCAAAAACAGAUGCCCAGGCUUUAUAUGAUGCCGGUGAGGGCCGAUGGGGCACUAACGAAAGUGUAUUCAGCGCCAUCUUGGUUUCUAAGAGUUACGCUCAGCUGAGAGCUACCUUUACUGAAUACACCAAAAUUAAUGGUGAAGACAUCGUGACUGCCAUUGACAAGGAAACAUCCGGUGAUUAUCGCAAGGCGUUGAAGGCCAUUGUCCUAUGUGUACUGAACAGGAACAAGUUUUACGCCUUAAGACUGCACAGAGCUAUGAAGACUAUCCUUCGUACAGACAACGCCACCGUGAUCCGCGUGGUGGUACGAAGAAGUGAGUGUGGUAUGGGAGAUAUCAAGAGGCAAUACCAUACUAUGUUCAAAGAAACCCUGGGAGACUCUAUUACCGCUCAUACGAGCGGUGAUUACCGAACCACUCUUCUGGCUUUAAUUGGAAACCCAGAAAAACAACCAACCGGAGAGGAGAAGAAAUCGCAGGAAUAGAUUUAUAAAUAUAACGUAGUGAAUCAAUAUAACAAUACAUUAUUUGGUUUUUAAUCCGCUAGCUUCCGUCAUAUGUUGCGCCCUCUAUCGAGCGUAACGACUCAAGUUUAUUUGUUUGUUUUUUCGACUUUAUUUUGGCAUGCACGAAUGCGGAUGCCAAUGAUUGAGCGUUUAAUAUUUAAAUGUAUUUAGUAUUCACUUAUAUAACUAUUUAUUUCAAUAUUGGUUAGAUUAAGAUUAAUUAUCUUAUCGAUAAUCAAUUAUUUUCCGGGGCUGAUUAGUGUUUCAUAGCAGAAAACGCCAACUAUUUACAGAAAUUAUAUUUAUAAGUAUACUUCGUAUGCACGUGAUAGGCAAUAUAACAUGUAAUGUUCGUUUCGAAUCGAACUUCUAAAUAUAAAACUUUAAGGUUGUGGGAUAUGGGGAUAAGUAUGUCAAGAUAAUAAUAAAUAAUAAUAAAAUAAUAAAAAUAUAUUGUAUUGCA